UCUUAUCUCGGAGAGACAGGAGAAACAGGAGAGACCAAGGAGAGACCGAGACUGGACACAGUGUUACCAGUUGCCACUAAAAUGACGUAUUCGUGCUUCAAACCCUAUUUUCCUCUAUUGCUGUUGAAUGUUUUAUUUCUGCACAUUGACUGCAUGUCGAUAUCGGCGUAUACUUUGGAAAGACAGCGCAUCAUGAAGAGUGAGGAGUCAGACAUGUUUGGAUCUUCCCUUGUCUUGAACAAACAGGAGGGCCUGAUUAGUGAUUUAUUAGUCAAAGCCAAGCGUGCGGAGAUUGAAGAUUCCCGGGUCAACGGAACCGUAUUUCCCCCCGCAAUCAACUUCUUUGAAUCGAGGAAACUUAUAGACUCCAGCAAAGUCUUCCAGAUUAUCAAACGUAUGCCAAAGGGUGGCGCUCUACACACCCAUGGGUCUGCCAUCACAAGUCUGGAUUGGCUGGUCAAGAACGUGACGUACAGAGCUAACUGCUACAUGUGCCACGACAACCAGGGACACCUGCAGAUGCACUUCUACGACACUCCGCCUCAACCCUCAUAUUGUCAGUGGGAGAGCGUGCAGCACGUGCGGGAGCGGUCAGGGAACGCUCAGUUGUUUGACCAGCAACUUAUAAAAAACAUCAGCAUCAUCGUUGACGACCCACACUCCACCUACGUCACUGUCAACGAUGUUUGGCGCAGGUUUGGGCUGUAUUUUAAGAUCGUCAAUGGCUUGUAUCGCUAUACACCGAUCUUCAAAGAUUACUUACAGCAAGCACUGAGGGAGUUUGAAGAGGAUAAUGUGCAGUACAUAGAGAUCAGAGCUACAUUAUCUCCGCUGUAUGAGCUCGACGGGAGCAAGCAUGACCAGGAACACAAGCUGCUGACGUACCGAGACACUGUCAACGACUACAUGGCAGCGCAUCCAGACUUCAUAGGAUGCAAGUUGAUACAGAGCGGUAUUAGAUUUUUCAAAAGAGAGGACAUUCUGGAUGACAUAAAAAGUUACAUAAAAUAUCAACAGAAAUACUCGGACAUGAUCCGUGGCUUCGAUCUGAUUGGUCAGGAGGGUCCCGGGAAGCCACUGAGCUACUAUCUGGAUGACCUGCUGUAUCCCUCCACGCUGGACCCCCCUGUCUCUGUACCGUACUUCUUCCACGCGGGGGAAACAGACUGGGAGGGUAGCCAGGUGGAUCUGAAUCUCGUGGACGCCGUCCUGCUCAACACGUCCCGCAUCGGCCACGGCUUUGCUCUCUACAAACACCCUGAAGUGAUGAAGAUGAUUAAAAAGAAAGAUAUAGCUAUUGAGGUCAACCCGAUAUCGAACCAGGUUUUGAAAUUGGUGGAAGAUUUGCGCAACCAUGGGGCGAUAACUCUGUUUGCCAACGACUACCCGCUAGUUGUAAGUAGUGACGAUCCUGCCGCUUGGGGCGCUCUUCCUCUGUCACAUGACUUCUACAUGGCGUACAUGGCGAUGACGAGAGAGGAUGCGGGUCUGGAGGUGCUGAAACAACUCGCCAUCAACUCCAUACAAUAUAGCGCAAUGACAAGUAGUGAGAAAAUGGAAGCCAUGAAGAAAUGGGAGAGAAAAUGGAACGAAUUUAUCAUAGAAAUACUGAGGCAGCACAGCCACGAUGGACAUUUGAUUGGUUAAACCUGCUCCACACGACGUUAAACUGAUCCAUACGUUCACCUGCGUCUUUAUAAUGGGAAUUAUGGUAAUGGCUGUAAAUAUAAGUGUCCACGUCCACGGCCUUCAUCCGAAAUCAAUAUCCAUUCCUUGUGCUUUUAACCGCCGUCAUAUAGCUGGAAUAUUGCUGAGUGCGGCGUUAAACAACAAACCAAACAACCAACCUUGUGCUUAUAACAGUAAAUAUUGGUGAACCAUCGUUGAGGACACAUGCACCAGGUUGUUAUAAUGACAUUUGAAUGGCAUACAUUUUAAGACAACCGAAAUCAUCCCUCGCGCUACGUGGGAAAAGAAAGAUAAAUGACUUAAAAGUAUGUUGCAUGGACGAGUAACUCUGUUAUCAGGCCAAAAUGUCAGUGACUAUAAUGAACAACAUGCCAAUUCCACCAUCA